AUGCGACCUUUCCCCCGCAAAUAUCCAUAUAUCCCCACCCAAUAUCUAAUCCCGUCAGCAGAGGAACUAAGCUACAUCCUUGCCGAACGCUUCGCGACAAGAUGCUUCACGCCGCUAGAACUCACCCAUUUUAAAGACAACUUCUUCUUCCGCGCCUCCGAGCAGGGCGGCCUGCGCUACUGGAACGAGAAGACCCUCUCCGACUUCCUGGGCAUUCCCGAUGGCAGCCACUCCGCCGUGCACCAGUACCCGCUCGACGCGGGCCCGGUUCUCUUCCGCAUGGUCUCGUAUCUAGGCGCCUUUCCGUUCCAGAGUACUAUGGCGCCCAGCGUGCUCACUUUUGAGGCCAUGGUUAAGGUUGUCGUGCUGCUCACGGAGCGGUAUGGGAAAGUUCUGAAGCGGGGGCGCCAGGAUCGGAUCAAGUUGCUUUUUGGGAGCUUGGCAGAUGUGGGGAGGAAGGAUCUGGGGUCUUCGCCUGAUCGGGAGGCGCAGAAGGAAGGAGGAGAUGAUAGUAGUGUCGGGGAGGAAGUGGAUGGAUCGGCUGCUGCAAACUCUCAUGCACCUGGUUUCGCGGUCGAUGAGCCUGCUAAUGAGGAGUAUGACGAGGAUGAUGAAGAUGAUGAUCUGGCGCUUGCGGCGUUGGAGUCGCUGGACGCAAUUGAGGUGUUUAAACAUGAUCACCGCAUUGACAAGACGGUCUAUGAAACGCGCAUCUCGAUCGACACCUUUCGCCGACUGCUCAUGCUAUUACUGGCCAUUGCGCCUUUAAAUUCGCUUGGAUCCGUUCAGACUUUUAUGUCGGAUUUGCGUGAAGAACGGCUGGACGACAUCAAGAAGCAGGCCGACAAUAUCAUCGCAGCCUUUUCCCCAAAGCAACACGACGGCGGAAUCUCCUACAAGGCGUUCGCCAGAACGAUCACGUCUUCGCUGCCCUAUCUCUUCGAUCCAUUGACUCCGCUCUUCGAACACCUUCUCUUCAGCAAGAAUCUGGAUUUCUCCAAAAGACGGCAGACGGGAGCUUCACUCCCUAUCCAAGAUGCAAUGGAGAAGAAAGAAGCAUCUCCUCCGCCACCAUCACCACUCCCAUCAAUCAUGCUCCCCGGCAGCUUCGAGUCAGGCAUUCUCAACCCAGCUCUAACAUCACACCUUUCUUUCUUCCUCUCAUCCACCUCCCCGUCCCUGAACCUCUUCCGCAGCGGUAUCCGCUUGCACCCUGUCUUCUCAACAAUCGCCCACGGCUCCUCUCUCACCUCCUUCUCCCACCACGUCCUAACCUGGCAAUCCGCCACCCUCCUCGUCCUCCACGGCGCACCCCAAGACUCAUCCUCAUCCGCCUCUAGCACCGACCUCGUCACUUUAGGUGCCUAUCUCCCCCAACCAUGGAAAUCCUCCUCUUCCCACAGCAGCACAUCAACCACCACCGCCUCAGACCCACCACCCGUUCUAUUCCAACUAUCCCCAACCCACCUGCUCCUCCAGGGCAACACUUCACCCUCGAUAACCCAAAAAUCAAACCUCCCUCCGGCUUAUUUCUCCACGCACACCGGCAUAGCGCUCGGCUGCCAAAUCCCCCCGUCCUCACGAAGCCACCACGCUCAACCGACCCCACACGGUGCAGGCAGUCUCUCGAUAGACGUGAAUCUCGAAACAGCAGAUUUCAGCGCUCUGCCAGUCGGUCACGACGGCGUCUUCUUGCCGUCCGGUACGGCUUCUCUGCUUGACGAGCCCGUCAAAACUAGACUGGACAUCUACGCUCUCGAGGUGUGGGGGGUUCUCCCGGACCCGGAACAGUCUUCGACGGAGGAGUUGAAUGCCGUGGAGACCCAGCGCCGUAAGUGGGAAUUCGAGGCGCGGGAGGCGGAGAGGAGACGCAAUAUUAAUCUCAAGGCUGGGGUGGGUGAUUCGAAUCGCGAGAGUGCGAGGUGGUUGUUGGAGACGGCGGGGAUUAUUGGGGAUCAGCAAGGUGGAAGGCCUGGGGGGAGUGUGUGA